AUGGCUCUAUGUACCACAACGGCGCAGGGUAGAACCCUGAAACGGGCGGAUCCUACCACCAUUCAAAACAAGUUCAUGGUAGGCUACCAAGCAUGGUUUACCUGUCCUAGAGAUGGUCCUCCUCUCGAUCCGAAUCAUCACGGCUGGCUUCACUGGUUCAACUAUCCAUUACCUGACGGCGGACGACCGAAUACUGAUUUAUGGCCGGAUCUCUCGGAGUAUUCGCCUUCGGAGCUCUAUCCUGCCCCAGGAUUGAAGUACCCAUCGGGCGAGCAGGCCUUUCUGUUCUCCUCUCGCCAUCCUAAAACGGUGCAAAGGCAUUUUCAUUGGAUGGCUGAACACGGAGUAGACGGUGUCUUUCUACAACGGUUCGCUGGCCAGACAGACUUGGAAGUUGGUAACGAAGCAAUCCGGAAUCAACGGGACGAGAUUGGGGAUCGUGUACGGGAGGCUGCAGAGAAGGAGGGCCGAAAAGUCAUCGAGCAUGAUUGGAUGCAUCUUAUUCACGAAAGACAUGUCCUAGACAGCCCUAACUAUCUCAGGGAACAUGGCAAGGCCGUAGUGACGUUCUGGGGUUUUGGCUUUGCAGAUUCUCGCCACCAUCCUGACACUGUUCGCGCUAUUACGACAUUCGUCCGUAAUAAUACUCCAGGGGGUGCGUACAUCAUGGCGGGAACGCCUGCCCAUUGGCGUUCCUCAAUGAGUGAUGCGGACACCAAUCCGGAAUUUGUCGAUGUAUGGCUAGAAGAGUUUGAUGCAAUAUCACCAUGGACUAUUGGAAGGUACCACAACGAAGACACGGCGGAUCGGUUUGAGAAAGAAAAAAUACAAGGUGACUUAGAAUUAAUCAACCACAGGAACAAGCUCUUUGAGCACAACAAGCCUGGCGUCAGCAGGAAGAUUGACUACAUUCCCGUAAUUUAUCCGGGAGGAUCGGGACAUAAUCUCUCCGAAGGUAAAUGGGGUUGGAAUGAUGCACCCCGCCAGGGCGGCCGUUUCAUGUGGAGGCAGUUAUACAAUGUGCAUCGGAAUGGAGUUCGCAUCAUUUACGGUGCAAUGUGGGAUGAAUAUGAUGAAGGCACGGCGUUUUUGCCAGUUGUAUCUCACAAGAAACAAUUGCCAGUCUUGGAAAGUCACAAGUUCAUGGCUCUCGAUGAAGAUGGAUAUGACCUCCCGCCGGAUUGGUAUAUGCGACUGUGUGGAUUUGUCGCGGAGAGCCUUCGGGGAGAACGUGAAGUUCCAGAGUCAUUCCCCGUCAAAGAGCUGCAGGAUUACUGGUCCACACGUCCGCGGUAUGAGGACAAGCGCGAAGAAUCCUCUUCAAGCUCCAGCGCCGGCACUUGGCAGUCACUAGAAGACUGGGAGAAGGCUGGAAACAAGGGCAAUUUUGAUUCGAUGGGACCACCCCCGCCGUACACGUUGGAACCGCAAGUAUCAGCGCAAGCAAAUAAUGUGCGCAGUAGGGCGUCAGCUUCAGGUCGAUCAGCUAUGGGGGCUCCUGCUGGUCCCCCGCCGCUGCCAACGGCCUCACGUCCCUAUCGUACGGCCUCCUCUUCGUCAUGCUCUUCGUCAGGCUCGUCCUCAUCUGAUUCGAUGCCCCCUCCUGUGAACAUUAACACUCGCCCUGUACCAUCCCACACCUCCUCCGUGUCAGACCACUCAUUAGCAGACGAUUUCAGCAGACGCGCUGCUAUCUCUCAUUCGCCCCAUGCAAGUUAUGCUGAGCCCUCCUCACGCCUGUCAAACCCCACUUGGGCAGCGGUGUCUCACGCAUCAGGCAGCGAUUCGUGGCCACAGGACGAGUGGCAUGCAGAUCAGAGAGCUGCUGCAUCACACGUGCAUUCGCCUUAUCCCGGACAGGGCUAUAGGACGAGCGAAGCUGGAUAUGAUCCCAGUCGCGGCCAUUCACCUGGUUACGCACCAGUUUAUGUCCCGAAUGCUCCACCGCCACCUCUCCGACCCCGGCCAUCCUCGGCGUCACAUCAUUCUGCGUCUGAACAUCAAUAUCCCGGACCACAUUAUUCCCCUCCGAGCGGCCCUCCCCCACACCGCGGACACGGUUCCCCAGUAUCCCCGCACCGCUCUCGAUCUCCGCCGUACGGCCCCAGCAUAUCUUUCCCAGAACCCUACCCUUCUGCGCCACAUCGUGCUGGAAGUCCACCCUACAAGACAUACGGUGGUCACCCGUACAGACAAGCGCCUCCGCCGCCCGGGCUUCACUUCCCCGCCGGCUCCUCCUACCAAUCUCCGUCUCCACCUCCCAACGCAGGCUACCACGUCCACUCGCACGGGCCGCCGCCCCCUCACAGGUACCCCUCACCAGCGGGCCCGCCUCCCGCCGCAGGUCACACUAGCGCGUACUACAGCGGCCCCCCGCCACCACAGCGGCCGCCACCGGGCUCGUCCGUACACGCUACAGGCGCGCCGCCCGCUCGUGCGUCGCGUGCGUCAAACCCUGUGGACUUCGCCAGGAAUGUGGUGAGCCAGGGUGAAUCGCAGCUGCAGAACCUCGCGCAGGUGGGUUCGAAGCUGUGGAACAAGCACACGAAGUAA